GAAGAAAUAGCAAAUUCUUAGGAGUAGUCGAGUAGAUAAAACCUGCAAAACCUCUCACUGCUCAUCAGCACCCUCUCAUCAGAAAAUGCUAUCUUCAAUUCAUCACACUCCGCGGCUCCUCCGCUUCCCUCUGAAGGUCAAAUGCCUCCACACCUCUCAAACCAUACCCCUCUCCUCCGCCGCUACAGCCACCCUACCACCGGCCUCCCAAAUCCUCACCAUCCGCAAAUCCCUCCUGGCCGGCGAGACUUCCGCCGUGGAGCUAGCGCAGACCUUCCUCUCCCGCCUCCGACGCACCGAGCCCCACCUCAAGAGCUUCCUCCACGUCUCCGACACGGUGCUGAGAGAGGCCGAGGAGAUCGAUAGGAAGAUUUCCAACCAUGAGGAGGUGGGCCCCCUCGCCGGUGUCUUUGUUGCUGUGAAGGAUAAUAUUUGUACUGCGGAUAUGCCAUCAACUGCCGGGUCGAAGAUUCUGGAGAAUUAUCGACCGGCUUUCGAUGCGACGGCAGUGAGGAAUGUGAGACAAUGCGGCGGCAUUGUGAUUGGGAAGACUAAUUUGGAUGAGUUUGGUAUGGGGAGUACUACUGAAGGCUCUGCUUAUCAGGUGACAGCAAAUCCUUGGGAUUUGACACGGGUGCCUGGUGGAUCAUCAGGUGGUUCAGCUGCUGCUGUUUCUGCUAGGCAGUGCACAGUAUCACUAGGAAGUGAUACAGGCGGGAGUGUUAGACAACCAGCAUCUUUCUGUGGUGUUGUUGGUUUGAAACCAACAUAUGGGCGUGUCUCAAGAUAUGGGCUUGUAGCAUAUGCGUCUUCUCUUGAUGUCAUUGGAUGCUUUGGCUCAUCAGUAGCUGACGCAGGGCUUCUACUCCAGGCAAUUUCUGGUCAUGAUAAGUUUGAUGCAACAAGUAGCAAGCGAGAAAUUCCUGACUUUACUUCCCAAUUUAUUUCCCAAGAUAAUCUCGAAUCAAAACCUCUUAAAGGGUUGAGAGUUGGUGUGAUCCGAGAAACCAUUGAAGAAGGAGUUGACCCUGAAGUAAUUUCCUCAAUCCGUGGUGCUGCUAGUCAUCUUGAGGAACUAGGAUGCACUGUGACAGAGGUCUCCUUGCCAUCUUUCUCUCUUGGAUUACCAGCUUACUACAUACUUGCAUCAUCUGAAUCUUCUUCAAAUUUAUCACGUUAUGAUUCUAUCAGGUAUGGGAAUCAAGUUGUUGCAGAUGAGCUUAAUUCCCUUUAUGGGGGAUCCCGUGCUAAAGGCUUUGGUUCUGAGGUCAAAAUGAGAAUUCUAAUGGGAACAUAUGCCCUGUCAGCUGGUUAUUAUGAUGCAUACUACAAACGAGCUCAGCAGGUGAGGGCCUUGGUAAGGGAAAGCUUUAGGGAAGCACUGGAAAAUAAUGAUAUCCUGAUUUCACCAGCAGCGCCAUCAGCAGCUUAUAAAAUUGGUGAGAAGAAGGAUGAUCCAUUGGCAAUGUAUGCAGGUGAUAUCAUGACGGUGAAUGUUAACCUGGCUGGUCUUCCUGCACUGGUUCUGCCCUGUGGAUUUGUUGACGGUGGUUCUGUAGGGCUACCUGUUGGCGUUCAAAUGAUUGGCGCUGCAUUUGACGAGGGAAAACUUCUUAGAAUGGGUCACAUCUUCGAGCAAACACUUCAGGGCUGCAGUUUUAUUCCUCCCCUCGUGGCAGAUGAAUUUUCAAGCUAGUCACUAAUUUUUGCAGCUAACAACCAUAAUUAUCCUAAUGGAGAUGAGGGAGAAAUCUCCACCUGGGAAGCUUUGUGCAGCAAUGGCUUCAAGCUCUACCUUUUAUAACACUAUCAUCUAUCAAAGGGACAAUGGCAUCUGCGCGAUACUAAACUGGAUGGAACUAAGAAUGGUAAUGCGCCUGGUUUUAUGUAUCUUCACAUAGCUACAUAAGUCUUGUGAAUGUCCUUUCAAAGUGAGCAUAUUUGAUUCGAAUAUUGUGAUACAAAAUAUUUAGCUUAAAUUUAAUGAACAACCAUUCGAGAAUGUGUAAUU